ACUGCUAGUGAGUGAGCACGUGUUGUUUUGCGCGUAGUCGGUUUUGAAUGCGGUUCGAAACGUCGAAGCGCGCGCGGUCAAGCAAACGCUUUAUUCAUAAUCAUUUUCAAACAGGCAAUCAAAAUCCGCACAGUAAAAGGUUGGCCAAUCAAUCGGUUCCAACCAAAACGAAGAUUAUUAGAGCUGAUUAUUGCACACACGAGCCGAGAGCCCAAAAGCCGGUGACGAUACGGAGAUGCCUUCGAUGAUUUUGGUUGUCGAACCGAAUGUCUAGUUUCUGAGGCAAACAUUCAGCCAAAGUGUGCAAUAUGUGACUCGGUUUGCCAAAUGCAUUGUGUAGCCAUUGCUAUUGUAAAAGUUGAAAAAGAUUAUCAAUAAUUUGCUGUCAGAUCAGUGUCGGUUGUAGUUUAUUGUAACCGUUCCACAUACGUCAAACUGUCGUUUCAGUUGAUUAUUGUGUAGGAAAUGUUGUUUACUUAAGCAAACAUCAUUCAUAACGGUUCGCAAAUGCUUGACUGAUGUAGUGAAAGAUAUUAGUUUUCAUUUUGAGGAAUAUAGAAAAAAAAAGUUGACUCAUGUGAGAAAUCGUGCCAUUUCGAGAAGUGCAUUUCAUCUUAGCCCCAGCAGCAGAAGAAGAGUGAACAGAUAAUCCGUGACCUGUCAAUCAGGUAGUGAUCGUAUAGAAAGUGAAUUUUGUGUAGCAGUGCAACCGUACGAUUUCCAUGAUUUGAUAGACAACGGACGACAUCGAAGCAGGCUGACGAGCAACCAGAGUUUGACGACGCAAGGUUUUUGUUUUCAGUCAGCAAGGAAAAUAGACUAAAGAGUGUGCAGUAACGGCAAACGACUGGCCCACUCAGCGGCAGUGCGAAGACGACGUCAGCUUUGAUGCAUUUUUCUGCUAUCAAACGCCACAACGAUGUUGGGCUAUCUCGCUUCAUCAUUGUUAGUUAUAAGCACCAUCUGCUCGAUCGAUUCGAGUAGCGCCGGUCCACUGGAUGCACUGAAUUGGGCCCGGAUGGACAACAUCAAUCUGCCGUGGUUACCAUAUGAAAACAUGACAAGAUGUUACGGCGAGCUCGGCUGUUUGAACAUCACAAAAGAAUGGUAUCAUCUGAUCUUCCGUCCAUUCAACGUGUUUCCACUGCCAAGAAGUGUGAUCAACACCCGCUUCAUCCUGUACACCGAGAAGAACCCCACCGAUGGUCAACUGCUGCAGGCCGAGGUGAAAGACACUAUCAUGAAAAGCAACUUCCGGUCGGAAUGGGAUACGAAGUUCAUCAUUCACGGAUUCAUCGAUACUCCCCUGUCGAAUUGGGUAUCGGAGAUGCGGGAUGAGUUGAUAACCCGCGGAGGUCUGAAUGUGAUUGUGGUUGACUGGGCAGGAGGCUCUCUUCCACUUUACACUCAAGCCACAGCUAAUACGAGACUGGUAGGAUUAGAGAUAGCGUAUCUGAUUAACAAACUAGGGGAAUACAAGGGACUGGAACCAGAAGAUGUUCAUCUGAUAGGGCACUCUUUGGGAGCUCAUACCGCUGGAUAUGCGGCGGAGAGAAUUCCUGGUUUGGGUCGAAUCACAGGGUUAGAUCCUGCCGAACCGUAUUUUCAAGGGAUGGAUCCAAUUGUCAGACUGGAUCCAAGUGAUGCCGCUCUGGUAGAUGUCAUCCAUACGGACGGUCGAAGUGUAUUCCGAUUGGAGAUCCCCGGUUACGGCAUGUCGCACGCAUGUGGUCAUUUGGAUUUCUAUCCCAACAAUGGCAAAGAACAGCCGGGAUGUGCGCUCUCUCAGGAAGGAGCUGCCACGAUACCGCUCACUCUGAUCAAAGAUGGAAUUGAGGAAGCAUCUCGUGUUCUGCUAGCAUGCAAUCAUAUUAGAGCGAUUAAGUUGUUCAUCGAUAGUAUUAAUGGCAAGUGUCCGUAUGUAGCCCAUCGCUGUCCGUCCUAUCAGCACUUCCUUAGUGGAAACUGUUUUAAGUGUACCUCCGGAAAUUGUGCUCUCAUGGGUUAUCACGCCUCGUUACCAAUUACGACCACGAGACAAAACAUUUCCGAAAAUGACAUCGCUGUUGGAUCAUCGAUUCCGGUUGCUCCCCAACCUGGCAAAUACUUCUUGGCGACGGGACGAGACUUUCCUUUCUGUCAGCGUCACUAUCGGUUCACCAUUGAGCUGGCGAAACCAAAAUCGGCGGAAACCUGGGUCCAAGGACACCUGACAGCCGGACUCUUCUCCGAACGGGGUGCUAUCCGCAACAUUGACCUAACACCGAAGGGAACCGCACGGUUUGAGCACGGUACCGUCUACCAGGUGGUUGUCACAAAUCCACACGAUCUCGGCGAUCGAAUCCGGAAGGUGGAACUGGCAUGGGCACACGACAUGAACGUGCUGGAGCCAACGACACUGUGCCUGCUGUGGUGCAACAAUCACCUUUACGUCAAAUCGAUCCAGGUCGAAACCAUGCAGAUGCCAUCAAGGGAGAAACGUAACACGGAGUAUUCCAACAAACUUUGUGCCCCCAAGCGCGAGUUCGCCGAUAUUGCCAGCCGAGGAUCCUACUCGUUCUACGACAACUGCAAACGACAAACUUCCUAGCAGGGGACAAGGAGCAGGAACAGUUUUAGAGCCAAGCGAAUGCAAACCGACAGUCCACUAUUGACACUUUCGUCCGUGGUAGAAAAAAACAAAACGGUGAUCGAUGGCGGAAGGAGAGAGAGAUUAUAUGUGUUGUUUUUCAGCAUCUAGACUAACCGCAAUGUCAUGUAUUAUCAGUGUAGUUAUUAGGUAAAAGUUGACCCCAGUUAUCAAAUCAAUUCGCUAGUGUUAAUUGUAGCAAGAUUUCAGUUGAUCUUAUUUUUUGUUUCGUCUGUUCAAUCAAAAUUUCGUUUAGGAUGCUUGAUAUGUGAUUUUUAUACGUUUACAACUAUUAUUAGUUUGCCUAAUGCGUAACGUUUCCGGAUGAAUGAAUGAGCGAUGUGUGUUUGUGUUAAAAAGUGAAACCGAGUCUUUCCCGAGUCAUUUUAUUCCUUUAAUAGAUGAUAGAAACUUUACCAUACAGAAACCACGUGUUCCCUAUGUGUUACAACUAUACAUUCAAUUGUACAAAUUCAGACCGAGAGAAACGAUGAGUUAUCGAUUACCGCGUGCUUUUAUUAUUUUAUAGUUUAAGAUUAUUUCUGUGAAAUUUAUGACUUCUUUCUCAGAACUUGAAAAUUUUACCUGUUGUUAUGGUUAAAUUUUCAAUCACUAAUUCCAAAAACAAAAGGUUUGUUUCGGGUAGGAUCGAUAAUGAUCAGGCCGCGUAAUGUUUAGAAGACAUAAACUACUCAAAUUUUGACCGUUAAAUUGCAUGUUAGCUGGGCGAAUUUCAUGAAACCUAGGAAUCAUAUUCAACGUCUCAAACUUUUUCUUCAUACAGUUGAUAGCAGAUGCGAAUUUUUCCUGAAUAAGAUUCGAACCCCGUUAUUAUCAAUUUUGAAACAAACUCUUUAUUUUAGUACAUUGUUCUCAAAAGCUGACCAUAACUUUUGUUCUUUAGUUUAC